AGGUCUAUUCGGAUUUGGACUCCGUCUAUGUUUGUGAAACUUUAUCCAUAUUUGAUGCGGUAAGGAGUACCUGUAGUAGCUUGGCUAUAAAUAUAGAGCCGGGCAAGGCCUAUAUCAUCAUACCUCCUAAACCCUAGAUAGGCCGACACAUGUUUCGUACUAGCUAACCGGCAACAAUGGCAGUUCAGAAGGAAAAGACCAAUACAAGGUUCAAAUUGAUCCACUUGGAGAUUGCCCUCCUCAUAAUUGAGAACCUUGCAGUGUGGCGUCUGCUAAUAAACCAUCGCUUUAUAUUCCCUGGCGGCACCUCCACGAUGGGGGCUCUUCUGGCAAUGGGCACCCUCACGACGUUUUGUACUCUAUUAAGAUUCUUAUACCUAUGGCUAAUUCCGGAUGACAUCGAGUACCAAGUGGAUUGGGUGGAAGAUUAUGCUUCAUUGUUCUUUGAGCGACUUCUGGUCUUUAUUCAUAUAUAUUGUAGCUCGCCUGAAUAUUUUUGGUAUAUAAUCGUCGGAAUCUAUGCGAUGUCGACCAUAUGCAGUGUAGCCAGUGCUUGCAAGAAGGAAGGAAAGAGAGAGAGAGAGAGAGAGCUGAUUUUGAGAAGAUAAAACCAACCAUAUGCAACAGCAACAUAGAAUGAAGAAGCUGUUUAUAUUUUGUUGAACUUUAUUUAUUUUAUUUUAUGUUGAGAUGCAAAUUGUAACCUAUCAAUAAAACAAAACACA